AAGUACUGUUGUUCGUUCCGAACUCCAACAAACCCCAAUUUCCCUCUUUCAUCUCACCCAAAAUACUUCAUUCAAUCCAAUGUAUUUGCCGUUUUUUUUAUGACAGAAUCGCCAUGGAAAUUGAUCAAUUGAGCAGCAAGUGACCCGAAUGGUAGAGUCCGACCCGAAUGCUGCACCCUAAACGGACCAUCGUCAUCAGUUGACCAGCCGGUGACCGGAGUUGAUGAGAUUUUUUCUGAUAAAAGGUAAAGCUUAUUACUCAUUUUUCCAACAGAAUCACAUGGACUCUAAGAAAUUAGUAGUUAAUGUCAAGCAAGGGGAAAAACUUGAAUAUGAUGAGUGUAAUACUAGUAAAAACUGCAAUCCUAAAGAUAAAAUAAGCUUAAUUGGAAUUCGAAGGCAAAAGAAUGGGAGAUAUGCUGCUGUGAUUACUGAUCGAAUUAGGCAUAAGAAAGUAUGGUUAGGCACUUUUGACACUGUUGAAGAGGCUUCACAAGCUUAUUUCUCUAAGAAAUCUGAGUUUGAGAAUGAGAAAUUAAGCAAUCAAGGAAAUAAGAAGAGUAAAAGAAUACGCGAAACGAGAAGUAUUGUUGAGAUUUACAAGAGAGGGAAAUAUAAUUCUGAGAAAUCAGAGGAAUUAGUCAAUGUAAAGCAAGGCAAUGAAAAUGUGAAUUGUGAAGUAUUUCAGAUCGAAUCAGCUGGUGAAUCAGAAAUUGAUGUUGAGAUAUCAAAUUCAUUUAAUGGAGGAACCGAGCAAAGGAUUGAUUCUUACGAAAUAGGCACUGUUGAAGAAGCUUUUCGUAUAGCUAAAGAGGGAUCCAAAGUGUUUAACUUGGGUUUAAUGGCUAAUGUUUGUGGCACAAAAUCAACUGAUGACUGUAACAAUACUACAAGUUGCAAUCCUAAAGUUAAGGUAAGCUUGAUUGGAACCCGAAGGCAAAAGAAUGGGAGAUAUACAGCUGUGAUUACAAAUCCAUUUACGCAUAAGAGAGUCCGGUUGGGGACUUUUGACACUGUUGAAGAGGCUUCACAAGCUUAUUUCUCUAAGAAGUCGGAGUUUGAGAAGUUAAGCCAGCAGGGAAAUAAGCAGAAUAUACCAAAGAAGAAUUGUGAUCAAAUUCCGCAGCUUGAAUCAUCGUCUGUUGUGGCAUCCUUAGAUACUGCUGCUAGUGAAAGUGGAAUAGCUAAAAGAAUCGAUUCUCAAGGGGAAGAACCUAAAUCUUCUAAAGCAACCUCAUGUGUAAAGGCUAAUGUCUAUAGCGUUGAGUCAUCUGAUGAGUGUUGUAUUACUACAAGCUGUGAUCCUAAAGCCAGGAUAAGCUUAACUGGAAUCCGUAGGAAAAAGAGCGGGAGAUAUGCAGCUGUGAUUACAGACCCAAUUAAGCACAAGGAAGUAUGCUUGGGCACUUUUGACUCUAUUGAAGAGGCUUCACAUGCUUAUUUCUCUAAGAAGUCUGAGUUUGAGAAAUUGAAACAACGGGGAGAUAAGGAGAAUAAACCGAAGAAGAAUUGUGAUCAAAUUCAGCAGCAUGAAUCACAGUCUGUUGUGGCAUCCUUAGAUACUACUACUCAUGAUAGUGGAAGUGCUAAACGAAUCGAUUCUCACAAAACAACAACACAUCUUAUUGGAGCUUACAGGAGCAAGACAGCAGGGAGAUAUAGGUCUGAGAUUAAAAACCCCAUCACUAAAAAGAAAAUUUGGUUGGGGACUUUUGACAGUGCUGAAGAGGCUUCCCACGCUUAUCAAUCUAAGAAGCUUGAGUUUCAGAAAUUAGUCGAAGCAAAGCAGCAGCAAUGCACUAAUAAGCAAAGGAAAUCAGAGAAAUUAGUCAGUGUCAGGCAAGGACAUGAAAAUGUAAAUUGUGAACCAUUUCAUCCCGAAUCAGCUAGUGGAUCACCAGAUAUUGAUGUUCUGUUCUCAAAUUCAUCUAAUGAAGGGACUGUCCGAAGUAUUGAUUCUUAUCAGUCUAAUAAAUUCGAUCUUCUGAGUUCAAAGGAGGUCGAGCUGCAAAGCAAUAUGCUAACAGAGUCUAGUGCAGGGAAGAAGCAAGAAGGCCAAGAGGAUGAUAAAGAUUUAUGGAAGGGGGAAUGGAUGCAACUUCCAGGUGAUGACAGGGCAGUCAUGUUUUCACUGAAAUUGGGCUUACCAAUCAUCGAUAACUAUGGAUCUCUUUUAGGUGAGUUCAGCACUUUGGAUGAUCUCAGUAUUUGUAAGACUGAAGAAGGCAAUAACUACAUUUCGCAUAGCAUAUAG